AUGGAAGUUGAAGUUCUAAGACCUAAGCUAGACAAAAGUAAUGGCGAAAAUAUAGGCAAGCUUAUGGAUUUCCAUGAUUUUGGACAAAUUGAAAAGGCGUUAGUUCCAUUGUUAGAUGAAGUUUGUGCUCAGCACCCGUCACUUAUUGAGUGCCAGCAGAAAAGAAGUCAAAAGUUUAGGGAAUGGACUUUCAAUGCUCUCGGCAGAAUUCUUUAUUUUCUGAAGACUAGAAAGAUGAAAGAUAUGAAUGAUAUAGCUUGUAAUGAACUGCAAAUUUUCUGGGAGGAACUUGAACACUUUGGUUUUGAUUUGUCGUGGCUUGAGCCUCAUGUUCAAUCAGCUUUAGGAAUGAAGGGAUAUUUCAAAAAAUUAGACGAGGUUGAAAAACCAAAAGAUAAUGAGGCACUUCUCGAAUUGGAAAUGAUGAGAUUGAAAGCAAAGAUGGUAGCUCUUGAAGUAAAUCGGCAUGCUGUCAAAAAGUUGUUGGAAGCAGAAGACUUUGAAGAGAAAGAUUUGGACGCUGAACUAGGAUUUGUGAAACCCUAA